CAAAAAUGUUUGUGUUGGCUGUCAGCUUUGUUUUGUUCAGCAUUUCGACGAUUUUCACAUUCUGGUACCUUUAUGGCAAACAGAAUGACCCCUAUAUGGACGAAAUAUUCCAUGUUCCUCAAGCAAAGCACUUUUGUGAUGGAAACUUUACCCAUUGGGACCCGAUGAUAACGACACUGCCAGGGCUGUACCUGAUGACAGCAGGGUUACUCCAACCCAUCGCUUCACUGCUAAACAUCUCAAUAAUGGAGAUAUGCACAACAUACUCGCUUAGGGGAGUCAAUGUCCUCUUUUGCUUCGGAAACUUCUACCUCAUCUAUGCAAUAUUGAAGAAAUUGCAUAAUCCGUUCUUGGAUGAGUCUGGCCUGAAGCUUGCAAUGAGUACAUUAGCCCUCGGCUGGUUUCCAGUUCUCUAUUUCUUCACCUUUCUCUACUACACUGAUCCAGGAGCCAUCUUCAUGGUUCUCCUCAUGUAUCUAUUCUGUCUCCAUGACAGCCAUAAGAUGGCAGCAAUAUUUGGAGUGGCGGCCAUCUUGUUUAGGCAAACCAAUGUGAUCUGGGUCAUCUACAUGGCUGGUCUGGCCAUAAGAAAGGAGCUAUCGAUAUGGAUGAGGGAAACUGCAGGGAAAAAAGUGGAUGAGCUUGAUAAACUGAGUGAUUGGGAUCUUUUCAAGUUAACUCUUACAACUUUGAAAGACUGUGCCUUGAAUAAAAGGACCCUUUUGAUGAAACUUUUAUCCAGCAUCUUAAAGCAAGUGUAUGGGUAUUUGAUCGUGGGUAUUGGAUUUGUAUUGUUUAUUAUUUUGAAUGGCGGGAUAGUCGUAGGAGACAAGACUCAACACACAGCAUGUUUAAACUUUCCACAAUUAUUCUAUUUCUUUACCAUGGCAAAUUUCUUUGGUGUUUUUCAUUUAACAUCUCCCUUCAAAAUGCUUGAUUUUCUAAAAUUUUGUCUUAAGCAUCCAUUGUAUGUGAUAAUGUUCUUUGCCCUUGCUUUUCUAAUGGUGAAUUAUUACACACAUGAGCACUUGUACUUAUUGUCUGACAACCGGCACUAUACAUUUUAUGUAUGGCAUAAGAUAUACAAAAGACACAGAUAUGUGAAGUUUGCUUUAAUACCCAUCUACCUAUAUAGCAUAUGGGCUUUUAUAGUUGAGUUAAAGCAUAGAGAUAUUUAUUGGAAGAUUUUGUACUUUGUUUGCUUGGUUGUAGCGACUGUUCCGCAAAAAUUACUAGAAUAUCGUUAUUUUAUACUACCAUACUUGAUAUACAGACUAAACAUGCGCUAUGGAACGAAUGUUGGACUAAUGCAUGAGGUUCUUUUGUACAUAGUGUUGAAUAUAGCUACAUUAUAUUUGUACGCAGAAAGGCCUUUCAAGUGGUCUCAUGAAGAUGGUCUCCAAAGGUUUAUCUGGUGAGGAAAUGAGUGGCUGAACUGAAAAAGGUUAAGGAACGAACUUGUAAUUGAAAACCUGUUAAAGUUAGGUUUAGCAAUUAAUUGCCUUAUUUCUCAAAUUGACAUCUUAUUCCGAUCCUUAUUUCCACCUGUAAGGUGUUACAAUAAAUUGCAAAAUUUGUCAAAUGAGCUCUUUUUAUGCCCCCACAAAGUGGCGGCAUAUAGGGUUGCCCUUGUCCGUACGUACGUCUGUCUGUCUGUACGUACGUACGUCCCGAAGAUUGUUUCCGAUCUAAUUCUUGAAAACCGUUUGUCCAAUCCUCACCAAACUUUAAACACAUGUUUGUGACCAUAAUAUCUUGAUCAAGUUUGAUAGUCAUGGAAAUCGCUUUAGUCAUUUAGGAGUUACGGCCCUUUUUUGCCAAAAAUACUUCAAAAAUAUAUGUUUCCAAUCUAAUUCUUGAAAACUGUUUGUCCAAUCCUCACCAAACUUUAAACACAUGUUUGUGACCAUAAUAUCUUGAUCAAGUUCGAUAGUCAUGGAAAUCGCUUUAGUCAUUUAGGAGUUACGGCCCUUUUUUGCCAAAAAUACUUCAAAAAUAUAUGUUUCCAAUCUAAUUCUUGAAAAGUAUGUGUCCAAUGUGGAUCCAACAAGUUUUUUCCUGCCUGAAUGGCGCCAUAUAACCUAUACAGUCUUGCGAUGCCGUAAAACCCAACUCAACUCAACUUAUCCUAUAUGUGCAGAUUAUCCUGAAUAAUCAUUAUGGCUUAUUUUCUGUGACAAAAAAUCGAAGUGGGGGCAUCCGUGUCCUAUGGACACAUUUCUAGUUCCAAUCCCUUUUUCUACCAAGUUAGGUUAAGCAAUAAAUUAUCACAUUUCUCAAAAUGACGUCUUUUUCCGAUCCUUUUUCUGCCCUGCAUGUGACAAUUCAAAAAUGCAUUGUAUCUUGAAGAUUUCCUCUUUUUAAUAUAAAGGUCCUUAUUGUCAAUAUAAGCAUGACUUUGUGAAGAUUUCGCAAUAAAGAUCGUCAUAAUUUGCUGCAUAAAUUGCUAUCAUCCUGUUUCGCCUUCACAUUUAUUAUCACAUUUUCCCAAAGAAAUAAAUUAUUAUAUUCUGGACCAAACCGGUUUUGUUCACAAUCAUGUAGAUGUUAAGUUUAUUUCGUUGGCAAAUGUUAGAGUGGGAUUACAAGUAGUUCAGCCAUUUGAUACUAGUCAUUAUUGCUGUGAAUGUAAAUGCACUGGCCCCGAUUUCUCGAAACUUCUCAAACCUCUUACUAAGCCAAAACCGAUUAGUAAUGGGUUUAAGCCCAUUCCGUAAUUCCGUUGCAUUUCUCGAAACAAAUAACGCGCUUAAUCCGAUAGACUUAAACCCGUUAGCUAAACCUGCUUUGUUGAUGGUUUAAACGCGUUAUAGAUGGAUUAAAAAUGGCCGACAUAAGACGCCAAAUUCGUCGUAUUCGUAACCGCAUCGCUGGUUUGCCGAUUUUAUAUGAGUUUGUAAUCGUUUAAUUAAAGCCAGGAACUGAUAGUACCAGUGAGUCAUCAUGAUGCAUGGACUUUUCAGUUUUGUGACUAUACUUUUUGUUACUCAUAGUAUAUCUAAUGUUUGUUUUUGAUUGAAUUGUUGACAAAUUGAUAUGUGCUUUUCAGUUUAUUGGAAAAAGAUACAACAUGUUACAAACUUUAUAUACAUAUUUAACUUUAUUUUCUUAAGCCAUGCAUUAAGUGUGAUUUUAUUUAUUACCAGUACCUACUUACUAGAUGUGAAAUGACACAGAAGGUAUUGUUUUAAAUUUUCUGAUGACUAUCGAUUAAUCUCAUUCAUUAGUUAGUCUGUCUGUUCGAUUAAUCGAUUUACAAUCCAGCUGAUUGCCCAUUACUUCUACCUAUCAUAUGUUAAUAAAACAUUACGAAUAUUUGUUAUCAUCAUGGCUAAAUGUAUUAAUAAAUA